UAAAUUGUGUCAGAGGAAGGAUUACGGACAAUACGCAUGCGCGGAUGAUCCCAGUUACACACCUCGUGAGCGCGCACGCCAGUGGAAAGUUUCCUCGUCACUGAAGGCGUCUUGCAGCCAAGGGACAACAAUCACCAGGAGAACGCGCUGAAAUCAACACGAAGAAAUGGGUCGCCUAACAGUGCUAUUACUCUGUCUUGCUCUUGUGGUAUCAGUUGUGGCCAGACGAGGGGGUGGCGGUAAAGGUGGAUUCAGUUGGGGAAAAAGUGGGGGGAGCUCAUACAAAGGUGGAAGCAGCACAGGAAGCCGAAGUGGCAGCAGCAGUAGUAAUAAAGGUACUUCAUCACGUGGGACACACUCGUCCCCUGGAAACUAUCCUCGCCAACCUCAAGUACCAAACCAGAAUCCACCCCCCUACCCUGGUACUGGAGGCGGGUACCCGGGGCAGGGCAGAUAUCCACCAGCAGGCUCUAACCCAGGUCAAGGAUACCCUAACCAAGGUAGCUACCCAGGGCGUGGUGGUUACCCGGCCCAAGGUGGUUAUCCGGCUCAAGGUGGUUACCCGGCCCAAGGUGGUUAUCCACAAGGUAACUACCCAGGGCGUAGUGGUUACCCAGGAGGAGGAUCUUAUCCAGGAGGAGGUUCAUACCCCAACAGGAACCCUGGACAAGCCGGAGGAUAUGGACAUCCUUACCCAGCUGGAGGCUCUUAUCCAGGUUAUCCAGUCCGGGGAGGUUCCAGCCCUAACCAGUUUGGUGGAGGUGUUGUAGGAGCAGGUGCAGGUGGAUACCCUGCCGCGGCGCAAUAUCCUUACUGGAACCCCAACAACAAAAUCAUGAGCCCAGGCUACGGUGGCAACUAUGGUAGUUAUGGGUAUGGCGGCAGAUCACCUUUCGCCCAGUCAGUGCAUAACAUGGGUAUGGCCCCUUCACAUAAAUCAAAGGGGUUUGGCAAGCAGGCAAUUUUGGCGGCUGGGGCUGGGGCGGUGGGUGGUAUGGCUCUGGGAUAUGGCCUCGGAAGAUUCCCUCGCCCCCAUUUCCAUUUCCACAGCCCACAGGAGGAAUACUACUACAAUCACUAUAUGUACAGACGUUACGGCCAACCUCCCCCUGACGGUAACAUGAACAGGCACUCUAACUCUCAAGGUGGAAACCCAGGCAAUGCAGGAUCGACCUCUGCUGGACAAGGAAACGUUAACCCUCAUGACAUCUUCCAGAAUCCUCCACCACAGUCCUAUGAUAGCUUCAUGGAGACGUGUGUGAAGAGGACAGACUUGCUCCGAGAGAAACCUGAAGGAACAUCAAGGAGAUCCACUGACGUUGUUGAGGUUCAAGAAGCAGAAGUAGCCAAUGAUCCUAUUGGUACGCAAGAAAACGCCACAAGCAAUAACAGCACUGCAGAAAGAGACACAUCCGGAAGUUCUUUUUUUGUAACCUCAAAGCCGCCCAAAACACCCAGUCAGCCUCAAAAGAAUACCCAUGAAAGAAAAGCAGAAGCUGAUGGUGAUGAAGAUGACACUGUUAGCAUUAUGGAGAUAGGCUAUCCUGCGCUAAUUGAGCAAAUGAAAGCACGACGUUGUGUCGAGCUGUACAUGGUCUCUGUGGAACAGCAUGCAGAAAAACAGCUGCAGUAUCGCAGUAACAUAGAUGAUAAAACUAGCAAUGGUAGCGGUGACUUACCUGGACCCUUUGGCCAUGGAGUCAUGCUACUCUUUACUAGCAUUCUGUCGCUCAUCUUCAUUUCCCUUCUACACUGAAAUUCUAGAAAAGGUUACACAUAAAGUCAUUGAGUCAGACUGAGAAAUGGAUCGUUCGCACCCAUCAAAUUUUAUCUGAGGAAUUUGUCUUGGAUGCUUAGAGACUUUGGACAAGGAAUUCUUGAAAGACUAAUUGAAGAUUCAAAAGAAAGAAUUUCUCACAAUGACUCCUGUAAAUUUACUCUACUAAAUGAGCCACCUAACAAUUUGUCAUUAGCCCACAUUUCAUAUCAAUUUCCAAAGGAGCUAAAAAUAUUUGCAUACAAUUACUUUUACAAUAUUCCCCUUCCAUCACUGCCACCUUCUUGCAUGUUUUGGCAUACACUAACUUCUCUUCUAAGACAGCAUAACACAUGAACCCUUUAUUAUCUACAAUUUAAACAAAAUUGUGCAUGGCAUUGGCAUUUGACUUAUUGUUUUCCACUGGCAACAGCAAUCACAACAAACCAUGACUAUUUUGUUAUAACAUGGAAUGGUGACUUCCAGCUCUUUUCUCAUGAUAGCACUCCUACUUGUGUAGAACAUAUGUAAAAUUUUGUGUUGUAGUGUUAUCUUUGAUUGUUUGGACUGUUAAUUUAUGGAUUCACUUUCUACUGAUGUAUUUAUUUCUUUUAAAUUAUUAUCAUAGACAUAAUUUUAAUGGUUUUUCACAGUCCACCACUGUUAGUUUUGUUAUUUUUACUUUUUAGGGGCCGUUCACAAUGAACAUGUUUUUGCGUUCUACUCCAUUGUUUUUCUGUAUAAAAUUGCACUAGAUGGACAUUUUUGACCAUUUACACUUUUGCCGUAAAAACACAUAAACACUGCAUUUUUAGAAUGCAGUGCCACAUUAAAAGACAUUCAAAGGUCUUGUGGUUUUUCAUUCUAUGUUCUUAAAUUAAAAAACACUUUCUGUGUGAAUGGCUUCUUAGUGAAUGUUUUUGUGAUCAUAAUAGUUUUUUUUUUUAUUUUUUUAUUUUUUUUUUUUACUCGGUAUGUACAAUAAUCACCCCACUUGUCAGUUUUAUUCAUAUCACACGUACAAGUACUAUGACACUCAUGCAGUUGAACUCAAAGGGGUUAGAUAAAACAACAUUUGAUAUAAAGCUGGAUCUUUAUCAGUAGAUUGGUGCUAUGGUUUCUCUGAAUAUUACUGCUGAACAUUCAAGUAGAUAAUCAACCUAGCUUAGCACUUUGCUAAAUCAUUUAUCUAAAAGGCCCAUGGUGACCACCGGAUGACCAGUAGAAGGCAAAACUUAACGCCUUUAUUGUUGCUCAGCUGCAUAUGUAUUGUUAUGCCUUUGAGAUGUUGUGAAUGUUGAAAAUGUGUAUAAUGUUACCCAUUACUGCGAUUAAAGUGAUUAAAUGCACCUUA